GUGUUUAUUUUAUCUAUUACAGAAGCGCUAGGCACUGGUGUAGGACUGAAGGUGCCGAAAACCGUGAAUGGUAUCAAGGACGAGCGGGUGACCUUACCGGCGACCUACGAUAGUACUGAGACAGUCAUAUCCAUCACCUGGUCCAAGGUGGUGGGAGGAAUGGGCGGAGAGAGAAAGAUGGUCUACAUCUACUCUCCCAACCUGGAAUACUCCCAUGGCCCUUUGUUUCGUCGCGCACAGCUUGUCGGGAAGGCUUCCCUGGAAAUCAACGAGACCAAACUGGAAGAUGAGGGUCUUUACGUCAUCACCGUUGUACUAAACAUAGUCGGACAGGAGGAAAAAUAUGUCCGGCUUAAUGUAAUGGUACGCCCGACAGUUUUAGUUGGGCCUGAAGACCCGUACAUUGUUCGCUGGGACACGUCCGUCAGUUUGACCUGCACAGUUGUCAAUGCCAAACCUAACAUCACUUCCUUACGCUGGGAGAAAAACGGCGUUUCCCUGACAACACCCGGUAAGAAGUACGGCGGAGGGACCGCCAUGUUACCUACACUCAACAUCCAUGACGUCAGCAAAAUGGAUGCCGGGACAUACACUUGCGUGGUAGAUCACGUGACCGACACCGUGAAAGCUGGAUUGAUGCUACAAAUUCUUUAUCCAGCGACCAUCCUGAAUAUAUCCAAAUCUGCCACGGUGGACUUAAGUGGUUCUAUCAAGGUCAAGUGUUUCGCGGAAGGCAAUCCUGAACCGGAAGUGACGUGGUCUAGGGCUGGUACGACAUCCCUUCCCGGCAUUCAACUGAGAGAGAACGGUGCCAAUGUCUUAUCUCUGUCCAACCUACAGAAGAACGAUAGUGGAGAAUAUACAUGCACAGUCACUAACGGUCUGGGCGUAGCGCAGUCAAAGUCAACUAGGAUUACAGUUAAAGAUUCCGGAGAAGACAGGUUGAGCCGGAUAGCCGUCAUUGCUGGCGCAAGCGUAGGGACGAUCUGGUUUGUCACGUGUGUGGUCAUCGCCAUCAUUUUCAUCAGGAAAAGAACAAGACAAGAGCGUGAAAAGUACGCCUUUUAUUACGGCAUGGGUUCCCGGAUGUUACGUGACGAUGAAGAACAGGAAUCAGCAAGAAGUCCACGAAGAGGGGACAUGGAAAAAGGUGCAUGUCAAGAGGUGGACUAUUCUACAAUAGACCGGCUCAAGAGGAAAGCAGGAGAACGUGGUAAUAAGAAAUUUGCCAGAGUUCUCUACAAUUACGCGCCCCAAGACAGUGAUGAGCUAAAACUGGAGGCCAAUGACGUCAUAGAGGUCAUCAAAGGUGAAAAUGGUGGUUGGUGGUUUGGAUAUCUCAAAGGGAAGGUCGGACUUUUCCCUUCCAACUACGUGGAGCUUGUGUCAACCCCUCCAGUACACAGACCGCAUCAUGUUGCAAGAAGGAGUGACAGAGAAGAACUAGAACGUAAUGUGCAGCAGACGUUAGCACAGUUUGACGAAGUAUGUUCGGCCAAAAAAAUCCCAGAACCCCGACGACGUGAGAGAGCCUCAGCCUCGCCUGGUCCUGUCAUGUACCAGUCACGUGAUACUCGGGAUGACGUCACUCUGGAGAUGAAGUCAAGAGGUUUCCAUGGGAACGAGGUUAAACUGUGCCAAGUGCAUCACGGGAAGGAAGAUGACGCUGAUGAUGACGUUGAGGAAUACAAAACUGUGUCUGUGUCUGAACGAAUCCGCCAGAUGGAGCGAAAAGGGUUGAAUUACGGGAAACAAUCUCAACUUUGACUGUCUCCGACCUGUUCGUUUAGCCCCGGUAUGCCAAUAACAUCGACUGCUUCUGUUGAAUCGUGUAUCCAAGAUGUUUUAGUAUGACGUCCUUAGAAACGAACUGGACCUUCGACAAAUAUGGUAGUUUCAUGAAUGUCUACUUGACCGUUUUCACCUGACGUUAUAGCCGGCUGGAUGUGACAUUUCUAGACAUGUGUAAAUGGUCGAAUGUUAACACUGAAAAUCACGUAUUGUGCAGCUAAUACCCUUUGCCAAAUAGGAAAAUAAUCCAUACAAACUGCGGGUGGUGGCAACACACAUCUGGAUGAUGCAAAUGGACAAAAACUAUAUUUGUCACGUUGUAAAACUGGACGUAAGUAGCAAUUCGUAACGUUAGCUACAUGUAUUUUGAUAUUUUGAUAUUUUGACUGUGAGAGAUUGCUGGCAAAAGAUAAGAUAAUGAUUGAAUGAUUCCGAUAUCAAAAAAGAAACUCUAGAUACAUAUAAUCAUAUCAGGUUUAGAAUAAAUAUUUGAUAGCUAAUAUAGGAAACCACAACUCCUUUUUGAACCCAUUGACUGUAGUCUCCAAUUCUAUAGUGUCGUCAAGUCAUGAAGUUAUAAUUCAAUCUGUUGC